AUAUUAAAAGACCGGCGUAUUCGACUCGCGGCGUAGUCUGCAGUGCGACAUUUGAAACCCACGUAAUCAACUGCAUCGACAACCGGACGUGCCUGAUUUAUUACGCAACGAUAAACAAGCAUCCGUCUAUAAAUAACGAUAAUAGCGAGGGACCGGAUGAACCGAGUAUACAAUACCGGAAACGCGUCGAAUUCGAGAAAAGGGAUUCGUACCUUCGUUCUUUCCUUCUUCCUUUUUCCCCCUUUUCCCCCUUUUCCCAUCCCCAACAAUGAAGAUCUUAUUCGCUACCAUCGCUCUAUGCGUCGUCCUGUCCCAAGCCAAAGCUGAGUACAAAAUAAAUUCGCAGUCGAGAAGAGGGAAGGUCGUCGACGAUGACAAAGAUCCGUCGACGAUGGAUGAAACGAAACCUGAGCAACGGAUAUUCGGUUUUAGCAACAAUUUGGAGACCAUUAUCGACCCGUGGAGCAGGGGCCUAAGACAGGAGGUGAAAAUCCUGACCAAGACGACCGAAUCGUUAUUUGAAGAUUUUAAAACUUAUUUGAUGCAGAAGCUCGCGCAGCUGAGAGACCUGCUGACAAAGUACGAAUUCUAUAAUCUAGCUGCCCUCGUCGAUGCGGUGAGGAAAUUUGUGGCCAACAGCUUUCCGAGAUCAUCGAUCGAUCGCAUGGAACACCGCUUGGUUCGCCGGACGAGCAUAGAUCCGAAAGCUUGAUCCUUGCUCUGAGGAAUAUAUCGUCGAACAACAGUAUUUCGUUACCUGUACCAAAUCGCCUUAAUAAAUCGUUUCGAAUAUGAACCCGAUAAUU